CUCUCUCUCUCUCUCUCUCUCUCGUAACCCUUUUCUUGCUUCUCAUCACCGCUUGUAAUAGCAAAUCUUCCAUGAUACCAUCAUCAUCAUCGCCAUCAUCAUAAUCAUCAUCACCAUCAUCAUCAUCAUCAUCAAGGAACUCAUGUUUUAUGUAAUUAACCAUGGCUUCUUUUGAAACCCCAACUGUCUUCUUCACUCAUAUCGGCGGCUUCAUGGCGAGAAUAAACGAUCGCGACCGUUCGUCUGAGUUCUCUACUGGAGAUCUCCGCUCUGUCUCUGAUCCAACGGCUAAUAUCAACGGCACUAACCCUAGCGGCAAUAACAAUAACCAUAACAUCUCUGCCGAGGUUGUUGUUCGUCAAGAUCAAGAUUCAAGAACCAUAGAACAAGAUGGAAUCGCCGCUCUUGGAAGCAGUAACAACAGUACUGGUAAUAGAAAGAAAAGGUUAACGACUGAUUCCGAGGAAGAAGACCGCAAAGAUUGGCUCCGGUUAGGUAUUGGUCCGGACACGGCCAAGCUCCGAGGUUGUAACGACCGUGAUCCGACGGUGGAAAGGGCGAGAUCAGAUCAAUGGCCGUUAGAACUCACUUUAUUCUACUCAUCCUCCUCUUCUGCGGCGGUGCCUGCCGGAGAAACCGGUAUAUUUCACGCGCCACCGUCUCACCCACAUCAUCAUGAGCUGAUGAAGAUGAUGCGUUAUGGUUAUGAUGUGACAUCGUUUUAUCAUUAUCAGAAAACGUUUCGGCCUCCACCAUUAAUGUUACAUCACAACCCUCCAUUGCUUUCUUCUUCUCCUUCAUCGUCGUUGUCUCCUUCUUUUUCGCCAUGGAUGCCGAUGACGGGACCUCGUAAUUUUGCCAUGCCAUUUCAACCGCCGUUAGGGGUCAACCCUAACAGUAAUAAUAGAGCAAGUGUACAUUUAGGGGUUGGACCAAGCUCGGACUUUAGGGUUGUGGAUCCACCGAGGAGACCGCAUUCCGGUAUUUGGUUUGCUCUUCAAGCUUCACAAAAUCAGGCAAGAGAACCAUUCUUGCCACAACUAAACAAAAGCUACUUGAGAAUCAAGGAUGAGGGAAUCACAGUUAGGUUGCUAAUCAAAUAUCUAAUGAAGAAGCUUCAACUUGAUAGUGAAUCAGAGAUGAAAAUGGAACAGGUAGAGAUAAGAUGUAGAGGGCAACGACUAUCGCCGUUGACGACCAUCCAUCACGUGAGAGAUGUGAUAUGGAGCCCUAAAGAUUCAUCAUCAUCAUCACCAUCACCAUCAUCAUCACCCUCUUAUUUCACUCUGCCUCAAGGAUCAACCACUGAUCACGUCAUGAUCUUGCAUUAUGAAACUAUUGCACUGUGGAUUUUGAAGAAUGUCCCUCAUGAAUGGGUUAUAGGCCUUUUGCCUGAGAUAAUGCACAUACAUUGAUCCCAAGAACGGUUCUCCCGAUAUUUUGGAAACUGAUUUACGAUCCGAAGACGAAGAAAAACUGUAUUUCAUCGGCUUCGAAACCCGGUGACUCGGCCUUUCUCCUACGAGAUUCAGAACAAAGAUGGUGUCCCGGUCGGAAGAAAGCGAAAUAUAUAUGUGAUAUUUGCUCAUGGUUACUCCCCAAGAAUGGCGUAAUACUCUUUGUUUGUUCCUUCAUCAAUGAUGGAAAAAGAAUACACGUUAGAAAAUUGGUAUUAUGUAUUGUGGUAAAGA